AUGGCAGUUUACCGUUUUAUUGGCGCCAAACUUCCCUUGGCUGGACGCGCUACUACACAAAGUAGCGCCAUCCCAGCCUGGAGAAAAAGAAUCGAGGACCGUAUCGGAAAGGCAAGGGCCCUUAUCGGCAGUCUGACAAGCUUCAGGUCGGGUAAUAAUAGACCGAGGAUUGUGCGCACCGUUAGGAUGGCGUUUGCUGGGACAAAUAUCAGUUUGUCCCAGCCGGAUAUCACGCAGCAACUAACGGAGCGCAUAGACGACCUGAAGCAAAAGAUCGCUGCUUGGGGGAAGCGGAUUCGACGAUUUACCGAGAGGUCAAGGCGGUUCAACCAGAAUCGUCUCUUCCAGAGUGAUCAGAAGAGGCUCUAUAAAUCAUUGGAGCGACCAAAGGUAUGUGGAGCGGGCCAAGGAUCGGAUCAGGCUGACGUUAUCGCAUUUGAGGUGUGGUCAAAACCCGUAAACCACAGCGAGGGCCCUUGGAUGGAAGUUGUGGCGAGCCAGGGUGCGAGUGUUACGCCUAUGGACCCCAUCACCAUAACGCCGAAAGACGUGGCUUAG